AGCUCUGGCAGCAGCCCCAGCCCCCUCCCCAGCGGCAGCCCCCUCCCCAGCUGAUUCAGGCCCGGAUCCCGGGUAGCAGUGGCCGCCCGGCCGAUGGGGGUGUGGGAGCUGAGCCCGGCUCCUCCCCGGGAGGAGAGACACUGGGUUUGAGCGGGGGGCUGGGACCUUGGGGGCUGGGGGGUGCGGUGUCAACCGUCUGCCCGCCCAACAGAACCGAAUCCCGGCAGAGCCCGGGUGGGGGUUAUCCUCACCCCAGCCGGCAGCUCCAAGACCUUCCCUUAGGUGAAACCUCCCCUCCUGAUCGCGGGAAAUUAGGGGAGCCGAAUGAGGGGUGUCGCCAGGCCCUUCGGCUCGCCCUGCGGGGGGCUUGGGACUGGGUGAUCUGAUCUGGGUGAUCGGAUAAGGCUGGCUGCAAAAGACGUAGAGCCAUAGUCCCUUCGGGAGAGCCCGCCCACCUGGAGGGAAGGACGAAGGACGAAGGGGUCUCGGCUAAGGUUUCCUUUCCCAGGGAAAGAGCAGCUUCUCGGUCCUUCCCAACGCCCCUAGCAACGGCGCCCUGCAGUCAGAGAGCAUCCGUCGCCCUUGCUCCGGUGGGGACUCCGUGUGGAUCCGGGAGGGGUCAGAGCUCUAGGCCGAGCCGGCAGGGCCGGUCCAGGAGGCUUUGUGGGAAUCGGGGAGACCCCCAGAAGGGAACCCCGGAAGGCGAGUGAGUCUGAGCCCCCACUCGAGGCCCGGCCGGGCCAGGCCGGCUCACCAUGUUCAGCAGGUCAGGAUACCAGGCUCUCCCCUUGGGCGAUUUUGACCGCUUCCAGCAGUCCAGUAUUGGGCUCUAUGGAUCUCAGAAAGGCUUCUUCUCCCUGGGACAUGGGCAGGAUCCAAUGGGCCACACGCAGGACACAGAAUCCCGACAGGGCUGGUUGUCAUGGAUCUGCCAUGGGGUUGUGAGCUUCCUGGUCUUCCUUCUGCUGAUUGUCACGUUCCCCAUUUCCGGGUGGUUUGCUUUGAAGAUCGUCCCUACAUACGAGCGGAUGAUCGUGUUCCGGCUGGGGCGCAUCCGGGCCCCCCAGGGGCCAGGCAUUGUCCUGUUGCUGCCCUUCAUUGACAGCUGGCAGCGGGUGGAUUUGAGGACAAGAGCCUUCAGUGUCCCACCGUGCAAGCUGACCUCCAAGGAUGGAGCUGUGAUCUCCAUCGGGGCGGAUGUCCAGUUCCGCGUCUGGGACCCGGUACUGUCUGUGAUGACGGUGAAGGACCUGAACGCGGCCACCCGCAUGACAGCCCAGAAUGCCAUGACCAAGACCCUGCUGAAGAAGCCACUGCGGGAGAUCCAGGCGGAGAAGCUGAGGAUCGGAGACCAGCUCUUGUUGGAAAUCAAUGAUACGACCAAGUCUUGGGGGCUGGAGGUCGACCGGGUGGAACUGAUCCUCGAGGCCGUGCUGCAACCGCCCCAGGAAGGCCUCACCACAAGCCCCUCACUGCCUGGACUGGACGGGCUGGACAGCGCCAUUCAGCAGCUCGCCGUUCACUUCUUCAGUGGCAGUGCUGCUGUGCCUGGAGCCUCCGGGCCCAGGGGUGGCCCUGAGGCAGGUGGCCCUGAGGCAGGUGGCCCUGAGGCAGUGGACUCGGUGGAGACGGUGAAUGAAACAGAAACUCCGGCUCCUGUCAUCAGCACCAACAGUAGCAGCAGCAGCAGCAGCAGCAGCAGUAGCCAGAGAAAGCCCAGCGUGGAUGAGCUGCUGUCUGCAGUGGAGCUCUUCCUGUCAGAGGCCCUGGUCAACCAAGUGGGGGCCUCUUACCAGUUUGAUAUCAUCCACCCUUCCAAAGCCAAGAGCACCUACUUCAUAGAUCUCGCCUCAGGGGCCGGGAAGGCUGGAAAGGGAGUGCCUGAAGGCCCCCCAGAUGUGGUCCUGGAGCUGGCAGAGGCAGACCUGCAGGCCCUGUUCUCCGGGGAGCUCCGGCCUCUAGCUGCCUACAUGAGUGGCCGACUCCGGGUGAAGGGGGACCUGAACGUGGCCAUGAAGCUGGAGGCGCUUUUCAGGGCAAUGAAGUAGUGUGGUGUGGCCAUGGGCAUGGCCUGGGUGUGUGUGUGCGUGUCCUGGGGAGAAGGCAGAGCCACCUUGGGGCACCUGGUUGUGAGAGCCCAAUGCCAAGGAGGGAGGUAGAAGGAGAGGAAGCAUGGGACGGCCUCCUCUGACAGGUGAGGAGCCCAACGGCAGCUGACUUGGAAGCUGAGCUCUGCCUGUCCUUUGUGGGAAGGACUGCCCUGUCCUUGUACCCAGGACCUGGCCCCAGUCCUCCAGUGGUUGAUGGAGGCGGCGCCAGACGGGAAGAGGGGCUCUGCAGCCAAUGAGGCCCUCGGGGCGAGGCGGUGGUGGUGAGGAGCCAGGCUCACCCUGAGCCCAAAUCAGAGUUCCCACCUUCACUCCGAGGAUGUUGUGAUUGUCUGCUCUGUGCUGCAUGCAUUCAGUCCCCUCUCCUCCCUAGAAGGGAUGGGGUGGGAGGUAUUUGUGCAGGCUUUGUAAAUGUUUUCUUUUCAUAUUGGACUUUGGAUUUAAAAUAAACAAGGAGCAACCUGAGA